AUAACCACGAAUUUUAAGUUGGGGGCGAGAGAGUCCACCGCCGCCGCCGACCAGCCAUGGCCUACCUCCCGCCCCACAAGCGCCACUCCGGCAGCUCCGAAGCCCCUUCCCCUUCCCCACCCACCGCCUCCCUCCGUUCCCUCUCCAUCUCCUCUUCCCCCCGCGGCCGCCACCGGCCCCGCCCCGCCAACAACAAGAUCAUCCACGCCGCCGGUUGCGUCUCCCGCUGGUCCCCGCUCCCGCCUUUCUCCCCCUGCUCCGAUGAUGCCGAGUCUCUCCGCCUCGAGCCCUUCCCGUGCGACUCCAUCGAGCGCAAGACCGGGGCCAAGCCCCUCGUCCUUGUCCUCUCUUCUUCCCUAGAAGGCUACUCCGGCUCCGCGGAGGCCGCCGCCGCCGCCAUCGCCGAGAGAUUCCUGCCGGACCUCCUCGCCUCUGCGAAGAGGGCGAUGACGCACGAUGUGGACAGGGAGAAGGAGGAUGUGAAGCUCAGCCUCGUAGCCAGGGUGGGGAAGGUCUUCUUCCAGCCUGGUGGAUCACCCGUUUCCUUGGAUGCCCUCCGCGAAGCCGCAAAAGCAGGUGAAGAAGGGUCGAGGAGCCAGGUCCGUAAAUCGUUCUAUACAAAUAUGCCCUGUGAACGUUUGGAUGAUAUGGAGCGAUCCGCCGUGGAGAUGAUGGGACUGGAGUUCGAUUCAUCGAAAGAGCACUACCAUGUCAAGGUGUUUGACAAGCAUCGAAGUGAUUCUACAAUAUCGUGCAAAUGCACUUUGCAAGAAGAUGGGAAGCUUGCGAUCCAUAAGGUUGAAUUGAACCAGAUACGACAGUUGGUGGAAGACAUAACAUGUAUGUCCAAAGAUCUUGAUUUAAGGCUCAUGUUGAGUACAAAAAGGAUACUGAAAAACUUAGACACUGAAGUGCAAAGUGCUAUAGAGACCUUAGUUUCUUCAGCUAUUGUUGAUCCUGAUGUCAAAGGAGGACUUAGAUGGUCACUUGGGAAAGAGUCAACUGGUGAGAGGUUCAGCAUAGUUGGAGUGUGGCAUACAAACUACAGAGCUUUCAGGAAUAAGACUAUAAGGUUUAAGUUAAGGCAUGCUGACCGGUUUGACCACCGAAGCUUGACUGGAGAAGUUUCAAAUGAAGUUACAUUCAAACUGAUUGGCAUAUCUAGGAGACUGCAGGAUGGUGAUCAGGAGGCCGACGCUGUAAAGCAGAUGCUGGAGUCCGCGGUGCGGAUGAUCUGGGACAGCGCUUUGAACUACAAGCUGGCACCCUAAGGUCGGCUAUGCUGACAAGUAUAUUACAUAGUGUGCAGCACAGUUGCUUGACGAUGCUAAUGUCCUCCUUCAAAGUGCACUUUGGUUUGCAGCCCUGAUGUAUAUAUUAGUUGUUGUUUCUUGUGAACUGGCCUGGCGGAAUCUUUAGGCGAGUUACAACUGUAAGAUCCUUUGUACUUCUGUUUCCCUUCUCUCGACCUUCUUCCGCGGUGCAUUAUUCUGGCUCCAGUGUGUGAUUCUAGUCGCUCCCAAAAUUAAACAUUCAUGAAACUUGUGUAACUUCUUUACUAUGGAUAUAAAUAAAAUACAAAAAUAUUUUAA